CCCGUCGAGACGCUGAUGCCCGGGCUGUGGCUCUGGCUGGCACUGCUAACUGGGGCUAUGACUCUGAUGGGCAAGUGACACUCAGCUCUGUGGGAUGCAGGAUGUGACACCGACACACAGGUGUGUUUUGCUGCCCGCCUGUGGGCGGGUCUUUGGAGGCUGACGUUUACAUGUGCCGGGCAGAGGCCACAGUGGGGACUGUGGCCCCAGGGCUGCUUGCUCUGUCCAGAUGGGCCCUGUUCUGAAACUAUUCUAGAAACAGGUCAGGCCGGCUGUGACACCUUCUAUGAAUUCUUCUUUCCUCCCACCGGUCUCCCUGUGGCUCCGGGUCCGUUUGUUUACAUCUGUCCGUGAGGGGCUGGAGACCGCUCUAUCUCUGUCCUCGUCUACUUAGUUGCUGUGUGGCUGUGGGGGGUCAGGUGACAAACAGUGGGGCUUCAGAAACACGAGGACAUGGAGCUGGGAACGGUGUCCUAGGGCUGGGCCACGGCAAAAGAAAGCUUGUGAAGGUUGGCGGACUCCGUGGGGGGUGUCUGCCCUCAGGGGUAGCAGGAGCAGGGUGGAAUCUGGGCUACCGUGGGCUGGCACAGUGUCAAGUGGCUCGUCUGGGCAGCUGCAAACUUGAGGCCUGUGUAGUGGGCAGUCUACACGCAAAACCGCAUCCCAACACCCCUGCCCCCAUCCUCCCAGGCCCACAGUGGAGCUUUUGUGGUGGCAGAGUAGGGAGACAGAACGAGGACACUUCGGGCAGGCCGGCGGGGCCCCAGGGCUAAGGGACCAAUGGAUUGAUGGCCCUGGCCCGUCUUCCUUUCCAGCACAGUGACUCGGACUCAGACCCCGAGUUCGCUUCCCUGCCGCUGCCCAUCCCCAGCGCCGUGCCUGUGACUGGGGAGUCCUACUGCGACUGCGACGGCCAGAGUGAGGCUGCCUUCUGUGGCAGCCUGCACAGCACCCACCGUGCCAAGGACUGUCGCUGCGGGGAGGAGGACGAGCACUUUGACUGGGUCUGGGAUGACCUGAACAGGUCCUCCGCCACCCUCCUGAGCUGCGACAGCCGCAAGGUCAGCUUCCACGCGGAGUACAGCUGUGGGACAGCAGCCAUCCGGGGCACCAAGGAGCUGGGCGAGGGCCAGCACUUCUGGGAGAUCAAGAUGACCUCUCCCGUGUACGGCACGGACAUGGUGAGUGGCUGGCCGGUGGGGGAAAGCAUGGGGGUCUUCUCCAGGCCCGGCCCCACGCACCCCCUGCUGGCCUUUUUCAGAUGGUGGGCAUCGGGACGUCAGACGUGGAGCUGGACAAGCACCAGCACAGCUUCUGCAGCCUGCUGGGCAGAGACGAGGACAGCUGGGGCCUCUCGUACACGGGUGCGUGGGGACACAGGCUGGGGGAAGUGGUGGGCUUUGGGAGCAGUUGCAGGACUCGGUGCUGACGCCUUGCCCACCCCAGGGCUCUUGCAUCACCGAGGGGACAAGAGGAGUUUCUCAUCUCGCUUUGGCCAGGGCUCCAUCAUCGGUGUGCACCUGGACGCCUGGCAUGGGCGGCUCACCUUCUUCAAGAACCGCAAGUGCAUUGGUGUGGCGGCCACCAGGCUGCAGAACAGGAAGUUCUACCCGAUGGUGUGCUCCACGGCCGCCAAGAGCAGCAUGAAGCUCAUCCGUUCCUGCGCCAGUGCCACCUCCCUGCAGUUCCUGUGCUGCUACCGCCUGCGCCAGCUGCGGCCCAGCUCGGGGGACACAUUGGAGGGCCUGCCCCUGCCGCCUGGCCUCAAGCAGGUGCUGCGCCACCAGCUGGGCUGGGUGCUGAGCAUGAGCUGCAGCCGCCACAGGCCACCCCCGCCCGAAGCCAGGCCCUGCCGGCGGAAGCGCUGUCACCGGACCUGAGUGCUGCUCAGUGAGACUGCUCUCAGCCAGGACCUGCGACAGCCCCUCCUUCAGCCCAGCCACGUGGCAGGAGGGGGAAGGGGCAGGAAUGGGGGGGUCGUCCAAUCCUCCUCUGCUGGGUCAUGGGCUUGGUGAGUCCACUCCACUGGCCCGGGGUCGGCUGCCCGUUUGCGUGCAGGAGAGGGCCUGGGGCCCGCAGGCCUCCCUGCUGCCUGGACACUGGGGCCGGGGUCUGGCCCUUCUGCUGCUUUGCAUGUGGCUGGCUGCUGCCCCUCCUCCUCAGAGACUUAACGCUGCAAUAAACAGGUGGUUUCUA